CGAGGCGGCGCUGAUUGAGGAGCUGCUGGAGGAGGACGAGGAGACCAAGGCACACUGCCGCGGCCGACGCUGCUUCUCCAACGAGCAGUGCUGCACCUCCUACCUCUGCGUCGAGGCCGAGGAUGCCGGCACGGCUGCGUCCGGCACGUGCAUGCCCAAGUACGUGCGCCGCGAGGGUGACACGUGCACAGUCCGCGUCCGACUGCGGCUCCAGCCUGGCCUGCGUGCAGCAGACGACCGGCGGCAAACGCUGCGAGAAGCACGUGAUCGGCAACAAGUCAUACUACGAGGACUGCAAGAUGACCACUGAGUGUGACGUCACCAGAGGCCUCUGCUGCCAGCUGUUGAGAAGGCACCGCCAGUCGCCGAGAAAGGCCUGCCUGUACUUCAGCGACCCUCUGAUGUGUAUCGGUCACGUGCCCAUGGAAGAGGUCAAGGCCAAGGUCGAGCACAUGGCGAGCGAGAAGCGCAUCACGGGCCACAUCGACGACCUGAAGCACCUCACCAACUAACCGGCCUCGCUUCGCUCCCGGUCAAGGUCACGCGCCAAGGUCAUGCGUGACGUCCCGGGCCGGGGGCGCCGGCGGCGCCGCAGGCGGCCGGCCCGCGAGCGUUCAUGUCGUGACGUACCUACAUAUCACUCGUUGCGGAACCGAAAACGCUUUCGACCCGACAUAUCAUUCGGUGUGUGUAGCCGGUCGGCCCCGGAGCCGGCCGCGGCGCGCGCUCCGCGUGCUCUGUCCGUGUGUGCGCGUAUGUGUGUGUUGGCGCGCGGGGCGUCGGCCCCGGCAGGCUCGGCCAGACCGCCGAGCGUCCCCCUCGCGAGCGUGUCGACCCUCGGUGUGCGACGCAGGCGACUCGCCCUUCCGCUGCGACUUCGCCCCUGAGCACCUGUCGGCGACGCGAGCCGUGCAUGAGCUGAGCUCGCGGAGGGCCCCAGUCCCCCUCACCACCACCAGCUGGCCCGGCCGACUAAACCGGCGCGGCGUCAGUUCCACCGACUGCAGCGCCCGCCGGCGGUGCUACGGGUCGACAGAGUCCCAGCCGCAACGUCGAUGCCGCUAUACCUCCUCUCUCUUCCCGCCACGUCGCCGAUUCCUGCCGUGUUUCUCGCCCGGACUACAUCGAUUGAGUUCGCCGUGGCAUAUUGGCCCGCUCUUACUCAUCAAGGCUACCUCUCGGAUUGUAAGCAAAUGUGCCUCACAUCUGACCGUCUCAGCUGAUCCUUGUGAGCGCCACUUUGUUACAGUUAUAAACAGGAUAUGUGUGCCCGCACUCGCUCACUCUGCAGUGAUUCAGUCAUUCACUCUUCCACUCCGAUUCCACGAGUGGUUUAGGACCUUACGUUCCAACUCUUCUACUGUUCGAAAUCUUCUCCCUCUGUACUAUGCUGUUACGUUAGAUACUAUGCUAUCUAUCUUGAGACCUUCCCCCUACCGAGCGCCUUCCUUUGAAAUGGACUUCAUCGGGAAGGGAUCUCACUCAGCUCGAAAACGGCCCCGCGCACUCGCAGCCAUGGUUGGUCGCUGCCCCUCUCGCUGUGCUGCCUCCCGCGUGCCGUCGCCUGCCGCAUGUCCCCGCGUGCGACCACCUCCGAGGCUGGGCCCGGCCUGUUGUGCGAGACUGUGCGCACCACCGUGUCCGGCGUCUACUCUGUAGUGUAGUCUAAGUAGUGUAGUAAGCAAUAGCGUUAACCGUUAGAGAGAUUAUCGCGAACAGGCAGUGUCCCCUGGUCACAUCCUGGCAGGCGUCCACGCAGGCUUGCCGUUGAAGUGCAGACGGUGCAGUGGCUGGAAACACUUCGCUGACUCCCACCGCGGCACUGCUGGGUGCUCGGAAGACCAUGGGAUGCUGUUCGUGAGACGACGCUGUUCUCUCGAUCAUUGAUGUUGAAAAAGACGGUUGGCGGUGUGAAUAGACGUGACCCGAUAUUCUUCGCAAAAUCUGUGCUGUUGUACAUUGGUCUAUAUAUUCUAUAUACCAUGGAAAAUGCAUCUUGGUGUAGAAAUAAAGCAAACAGAUAAUAUACUGGAUUCGGGCAACUCUA